AUGGCGAUCUGCAUUCACCCGUGGGCAGGCGAGACGGCGAUCCUCCCUCGUCUUCUCGACGACGUCUUCAGCGAGAUCGACGACGUUUUCAACGAGCUCGCCCAGAUUGAGCCACCAAUCCACUCUGUUGCGCGAAGGAAGGGAAGGAAAGCUCUUGCAGGACAUUUAGGCAAGGUUACCGAUGACGGGUCAAAGCUGGCGAUUUCACUGGAUGUGUCGAAAUUCAAGCCAGAUGAACUGAAGGUGAACAUCGAUGGCCGAACUCUAACGAUUGAAGGCAAGCAAGAAAUCAGUGAAGGUUCAAAUUACACCAGCAGGUCAUUCCUUCGUCGAUGGACUCUUCCAGAAGAUGUUGACGUCGAGCAGAUCCGAUCCACCCUAUCUGAGAACGGUCAGCUGGCCAUCGAGGUGCCCAAGCCGAAACCAGCCGUCACCGCCAGAACCAUCCCAAUCCAAAAGGCUGUCGAUCAGCAGUAA